AUGGUGAAGUACAAUUUCGAUGCACCUGGCGCAAGUGUGCUGCCACCAAUGAAGUUGGCGCAUGUCGUUCUUAGGACGAGCAACUUCAGCUCCAUGAAACAAUUCUAUGAGACAUUUUUAGGUGCGCACGUCGCUUUUGAGAACGAACUCUUUUCUUUCAUAACGUACGACGACGAACACCACCGAAUUGGGAUUAUCAACAUUCCAGGUGUCGGCGCCAAGAACCCCCUGACGGCUGGUCUUGAGCACAUUGCUUUCACUUACAAAACGCUGGAUGAGCUGGCAAUGUCUUAUUUGCAGAGGAAGGAAAACGGCAUCGAGCCUUUCUGGACUACAAACCAUGGCCCUACAACCAGUGUCUACUAUAAAGACCCUGACGGAAAUAUUUUGGAGACUCAGGUUGACAACUUCGACACCAAUGAGGAAGUGAACGAUUUUAUUCAGUCUAGUGCUUAUAAAACGAACCCUAUAGGUGUCGACUUUGAGAUGGGAGACUUGAUGAAGAGACUUCAAUCUGGGGAGGAUCAUGCCUCGAUCAAGCGGCGUACCGAAAUUGGACCGAGGUCGAUAGAUACUGUCCCUGUUUGA